ACAACACAUUUUGAAACUUAAAUUUGGAAUAUUUUUAAUAUUUUAUUUAACCCAUACCUGCAAAGAGUGGUAUAACCGCAUGCCCUUGGAUAUUGUAAUAACACGUGCAUUUUCCCUGGAUAUACAAUUAAAAUUUCAAUUUUUUAGUAUGAAUUCAAGCGAUUUAGACGUCGAUCCAGAAUUGCGAGCAGCCAGUAGUGAGCAGAGUUUGUUGUCCAGGCCAGAUGGGUCAGCAACAUUUACACAAGGAGACACGUCAGUGAUGGCAGCUGUCUAUGGCCCUGCCGAUGUGAGGCUGAAUAAAGAAAUCAUUGACAGGGCUACAGUAGAGGUCAUCUACAAGCCCAAGUCCGGCAUGCCUGGCAUCAGAGAAAAGUCUAAAGAGCAGCUCAUUAGAAACAGCUGUGAGGCGGUCAUCCUAACAACCCUACAUCCAAGGUCCUCCAUCACCAUAGUAACACAAGAGAUACAAGACUCUGGAUCUCUGUUGUCUUGCUGUGUCAAUGCCUCCUGCAUGGCCUUGAUGGAUGCUGGUAUUCCAAUGAAGUGUCUGGUUGCCGCCGUCACAUGUAUGCUCGACAGUGACGGGAGGUUGGUACUAGACCCGACCGACAAACAAGCAAAGGAUGCCCAGUGUUUAGCUUCCUUUGCUUUUGACAGUCGACACAAAAAAGUCAUCACUUCAAGUUUUCAAGGCUCAUGUACAGUACAAGAGUAUCAGUCUCUCCUGGCGUCUUGCCAGACAGCCAGUCAGAAAGUGUUUGACUUCUAUCGGACCUCAGUGGAGCAUAGACUGACCAAAUCAUGAUGCACACCUUCUCCUGUACUUCCAUUCAUUGUACUCGUCUCUUCUGGCAUCUUGUCAGACAGCCAGUCAGAAAGUGUUUGACUUCUAUCAUCCUCAGUCGAGCGAAGACUGAGUCACAUGUCAUCUCUUGUGGUCCAAGUUAUUGGGGAGGGCCUGUCUCCUUGGAUCCCCAGAUGGAGUAGUCUCAGACUGUCUCUUCACCCAUGAGUCGCCCUGGGAUUUCAGUUUUGUCUGUCGUGACGGUUUUUCUGACGUGGCCUGAUCAGUACUGAUGAAGUAAUUCAAAUGCAGAAAAGAAACCCAGCUGAUAUAAAUAAAACAUGGAGGAUAGAUGUGGACUGUUGAAAUUUUAAUGGGGACUCCUGAAAUAGUGUCGCCUCCUUUGUGGGUGAACAUUUAGCAGAAACCCUGAAUGACAGUAACAUACCACAUAUCAGAUCACUGAAACUGCCUUUGCGAAGUCAAGAGAGUGCCUCUGUAAACUACAUCUUCAUGUGACAUGUUGCCACGUCAUCUUUGGAAAUGCCAUGUGGGCAUGAAUUUUAUUGGCUCUGUGUCUUUAUGCUUCAGGGAUUACAUGAUUGAUGGAGCUGAUGAUAAUGGACCAAGGCAAAGGCUCCUUGCCAGUUCUAUUCUCAUUCAGAUAUUCCCUUUUUGUGUAAAAGUCAAAUCUAGACCAAUAGUGUAUAUUUUUCGUACGAUUCAGCAAUUUUGACUUUUCUUAACUGGAGUCAAAUCCCAUUGAUAAGAAGUACUUCGGACUUUGCAUAUUACCUUGUCAUGAAAGGAACCUUGUGCAAGUAUUAUCAGUAAUGAAAAAAAGCAAGCGAUUAGGACCCAAAAGCUUUCCUUGUUGUAUUAAAGGAGAAUGUUGUAUCAACAGUGCUCAUAUUGACAACGUUCCAGUGUACUCUCUGGUCAUAUCUGCUGUAAGUGAUUCUUGUGUUUCAGACUUUGGUCCAGUUUGUUUUGGAUCCAAACCUCGAUCAGUACUCCAUCAUUGAUUCACUGACACCAGAACCAGCCUGAUGGAUGGAGUGAACCAGCGAUGGGAUCACUGAUCAAUAACCAGAUCUGUGGGAAACAAACAGGCCCUGUAUUAUCCUUUAUGGCAGUUGGCACAGUUGAGCAGCUUUGCAUGUGCCAGUGUAGAGUGAAGUUCUUUAAUCUAGCCUCUCGUGUGACACGUUGCCAUGUCAUCUUUAGAAAUGCCAUGUUUCCGCAAGUUUUAUUGGUUCUGUGUCUUUGGUCGUUUUCAAAACCCCCCAUUCUUGUGUGGGAUGAUCACAAGAACUGCAUGUCAAAUGGGGAGAAUCAACACAGGAACAUUGUUCACGAACAAGAUUCUCACUCCCUACUUACUUGGGAGUGGAUGGAGAACGUCAAGAACAAAGAUGGCAGACAUUCACACAUACCGCAACUUAAUGUUCAUUAUAUUACAUAAAAUAGGAAACACUCACAACAAGGAAAACAUAACCGAAGGCUUAUACACAUGGCUGUAGGAGAGAAUUUACCUUAACCAUUUUAUAUGGAGAUUUUGGGAUUUAAUUUAUGCUAAGAUCAAUCAAUGUCAUGUCAUCGUCUUAUUUAGUGUUAGAAUGGCGACUGCUAUAUUGAAUUUUAGCGCAGCUGCACUCGCUUUGUACUUCGGCGAUCGUAAUCAAUGACCUGAGAACACUAUUCGUGAGAGGGAUUAUGUGUUUGAUGGAGCCGAUGAUAAUGGACCAAGGCAAAGGAUCCUUGCCAGUUUUAAAUGUGAUUAUUUAAAACCACUCAGUUAUACUCUUUCAUAGCCCUUUCAUGUAAAAGUCGAAUCUAAGACAAAAGGUUAUAGCUUUCCUAUGAUUCAUCAAUUUUAACUUAUUUUCUUAAAUACAGUCGUGUCGCAUUAAUAAAAGUCUUUUGAACUUUGCAGAGUACAUUGUUAUGAAAGAGACCUUGUUAUAUCGGGAAAACAAUGAAAAGUAAGCUACUGGGAUCCUAAAAAUGACCUUGUUGAAAGCAGAAUGUUCUAUUAACAGUGCUCUUGUCAACAAGGUA